UCCACGUUGGAGGAAGCUGUGUAAAUCACACAGCGGCUGAGAUAUACAGGCCGGAAAUUUCUGUCUUCACAAGAAAAGAUUUGUGCUGUUGCUGAGAUAUACGAAUUGAAAUGUGUUUGAAAUGGUGCUCACCCCCAAAAAACAGGAAGCAGCACAUAUAUAAACCUGCAUACAUACUGUAAAACGGGAUACAAUCCCGUAUAGCCCACUGUAACUUGUUGAAAUAUCUACCUUUAUAUAUUUAGUGUUGCAUUAAUUACUAUACCUAAUAGUUAAAAAAUUAUUCACAGCUAAUGUGUAGCUCUGAUAACGAGAAAACCUGUUAUAAAAUGGUGUUUUCUGAACCAUAUUUAUAUGUGCAGAACAACUGCUAGCUUAGCUUUCCUAAGUGUGAACACGCAGAGCUAACAUCUUGUUAUUGAAGAAAUACUAGUCACUUAUUUGCACUAACGCCUUUAAAGCUAGCAAAAUCUACAAGACGGGUGUUUAUACUGAGCCUUUUGGUUCUAUAUUCGGCUUUAUAACGCUGUUGAAAUUUGGGCGUUCAGGCUUAUUUUGGAAAAUCUGUACCGGAGGUAGUUUUUGAAGCUCCUCGAACUUUCUUACAGAAACUUCCUCCGCUGAGCUCCACAGGCAGGCAGCAGUGAGGCCCGUAUUUACAGUGGACAGCACCGCAGAGACUCACCGAUAUGCAGCCAUGCCUCUGAGACUGGACAUCAAGCGGAAGCUGACAGCUCGGUCAGACCGGGUGAAGAGUGCGGACCUGCAUCCCACUGAGCCGUGGAUGGUGGUCAGCCUCUACAGCGGCACCGUGGUGGUCUGGAACCAUGAAACACAGACGAUAGUGAAAACAUUCGAGCUGUGUGAUCUGCCUGUAAGAGUGGCCAAGUUCAUAGCCAGGAAACACUGGGUCAUCACUGGAGCCGAUGACAUGCAGGUCCGAGUGUUUAACUACAACACGCUGGAGAGAGUUCACUUGUUUGAGGCUCACUCUGACUACAUCCGAUGCAUCGUUGUCCACCCCACACAGCCGUACAUCCUCACCAGCAGUGAUGACAUGUUGAUCAAGCUGUGGGACUGGGACAGAAAGUGGUUGUGCAGUCAAGUGUUUGAGGGACACACUCACUAUGUCAUGCAGAUUGUCAUCAACCCCAGAGAUACCAACCAGUUUGCCAGUGCCUCGCUGGACAGGACUAUUAAGGUGUGGCAGCUGGGCUCCAAGACUCCCAACUUUACUCUGGAGGGCCAUGAGAAGGGAGUGAAUUGUAUUGAUUACUACAGUGGCGGAGACAAGCCGUACCUCAUAUCAGGGGCUGAUGAUCGCCUGGUCAAGAUCUGGGAUUAUCAGAACAAAACGUGUGUUCAGACUCUGGAAGGUCACGCUCAGAAUGUGACCUGCGUCAGCUUCCAUCCGCAGCUGCCAAUCAUUCUCACAGGCGCUGAAGAUGGCACUGUUCGUGUGUGGCACUCCAACACCUACCGGCUGGAAAACACACUCAACUAUGGCAUGGAGCGGGUGUGGUGCAUAUGUGGCCAGCCCGGCUCCAACAGUGUGGCUAUAGGCUUUGAUGAAGGCAGCAUCAUCAUCAAGAUUGGUCGAGUGGAGCCCGUCAUGUCCAUGGACUCUAGCGGGAAGGUCAUCUGGGCUCGUCACUCUGAAGUGCAGCAGGCCAACCUAAAGGCACUGGCAGAGACUGAGAUAAGGGAUGGAGAGAGGCUCCCUCUGAGUGUGAAAGACCUGGGAAGCUGUGAGAUUUACCCCCAGACAAUCAGACACAGCCCUAAUGGGAGAUUUGUAGUGGUGUGUGGGGAUGGGGAGUAUAUCAUCUAUACUGCCAUGGCUUUGAGGAACAAGAGCUUCGGCUCUGCUCUGGAGUUUAUCUGGGCACAUGACUCUUCACAGUAUGCAGUCAGAGAAGGCAACAGUGUGGUCAAAAUAUUUAAGAACUUCAAAGAGAAGAAGACAUUCAAACCCGAAUUUGGAGCUGAAGGCAUCUUUGGUGGCUUCCUACUAGGAGUGAGGUCAAACAGCGGCCUGGCCUUUUACGACUGGGAGAGCUCUGAAUUGAUUCGGCGUAUUGAGAUCCAGCCUAAACAUGUCUUGUGGUCUGACUCUGGGGAGCUCGUCUGUAUCGCUACAGAUGAGUCUUUUUUCGUGCUGCGCUACCUACCAGAGCGAGUGUCCACAGCCCAGGAGUCUAAAGAAGGGGUGACAGAAGAUGGGAUAGAGGCUGCCUUUGAGGUGCUGGGGGAGGUCCAAGAGGUGGUAAAGACAGGGGUUUGGGUGGGAGACUGCUUCAUCUACACCAGCUCUGUUAACAGACUCAGCUAUUAUGUAGGAGGAGAGAUAAUCACCAUUGCUCACAUGGACAGGACGAUGUAUCUGCUGGGCUACAUCCCGAAGGAUGACCGUCUCUACCUCGGAGACAAGGAGCAGAACGUUAUCAGCUAUUCGCUGCUGCUUUCUGUGCUAGAAUAUCAGACAGCUGUCAUGAGGAAGGACUUCAGCACUGCUGACAAGGUUCUACCCACGAUUCCCAAGAAGCAGCAGACCCGUGUAGCCCGCUUCUUGGAGAAACAGGGCUUUAGGCAGCAGGCCCUCGCUGUGUCCAAUGACCCAGAGCAUAAGUUUGAACUUGCUCUGCAGCUGGGAGAGCUCAAGACAGCCUAUCAACUGGCCCUGAAAGUGGAGUCAGAACAAAAAUGGAAGCAGCUGGCAGAGCUUGCAACUACAAAGUGCCAGUUUAGCUUGGCUCAGGAGUGUCUCCACCAAGCUCAGGAUUAUGGGGGAUUAUUGCUUCUGGCCACCACUUCAGGCAACGUUGACAUGGUGGGCCAACUGGCUGAGGGGGCAGAGAGAGAUGGGAAGACCAACGUGGCCUUCCUCACCUACUUCCUGCAGGGGAGAGUGGACAAAUGUCUGGACCUUUUGAUCAAAACAGAUCGACUGCCAGAAGCUGCAUUCCUGGCAAGAACAUAUGUGCCCAGCCAUGUCUCAAGGGUGGUGAAACUCUGGAAGGAGAGUCUUUCCAAGGUCAACCAGAAGGCAGCAGAUGCUCUGGCUGACCCCAGCCAGUACACCAACCUGUUCCCUGGCUUCCAGCAAGCCCUGCUGGCUGAGCAGUACCUGAAGGAGACUCAUGUCGGGGUCAGACCUGCUUCAGAAUACCCUCUCAUUACGCCAAAUGAAGAGCGCAGUCUUCUGGAGGAAUCAGCAGGUUUUAGACCUAAAGGAGAAAUCACUGACUCAGAGCAAGGGGCGGAGAGCAUUAGUGAGGCCACCAGUGUGCCAGCAGUAACAGAAAGUAAAUAUUCAAAAGUUGCAGUAGUGGAGGAGGACACUUCAGUAAAACAAGAGUCGACUGAUCCCGUUUCAGCAAGUGAAGAAGAAUCUGUCCUGAGAGGAGCAGACCCUUUUCCUACUGCUGCUACAGAAGAACAAGCAGUGUCAGAAUCAGGCGAGUUUAAAGCAGUGGAGGUGGGCACUAAAGCAGACACUCUAGUCUCUGUAGAGGAAAUCACCAGGAUUCCUGAUGAGGAGGCUGAGAUGGUACAGCUCAGUCCUGUGGAAGAUGUCAGGUCAUGUGUGAAGAAAGACGUUCAGGAAUUAUCUUCAGAAACUGAAGCUCCACCUGCUGUCUGUGCUUCUGAAACAGAAACCACUCUAACAACACAAGAAGCACCAAAUGAGGCAUUAGCAGCUGAGGAUGUCCUGGUUAGCGCUGGUCUGACGGACGAUAAUGAAGUUACGUCCGAGCCUAUAGCACCUGGGGAAAUGAUCAUUCAUCAAGAUCUGGAAAAAGAUAGGAUCGCCUCAGAAGUUCCAGGUUCAAUGGGUGGAGCAGCAGAAACAGAAGAGACUCCUGUUACGUGCGAACUUGUUGCAGAAACAGCACCUUCACACACAGCAGUGGAGGAGCUCAUCUCUUUUGAAACCGCAGAUGUUCCAGCGCUGGACGCAGCUGUCCAGAUUUUACCGGAGCUGACCCUGGAUCCUCUGCUAGACUUGCUUGAAGAUGCAGCGCCAGUACUGAAGCCUGUCCCAGCACAAGAACGAGAACAAGAGAAACAAACUGGAGAACUUCCAGUAAAGCCUCCUGUUAUUCACAAGGCUGAGCCAGAGGUUUUAGCCCUCACUGUAGCUCAUGCAGAAGGUCAUGCAGCAGAAGAGGAAGGUCCUGAAAGACCUGAGGUACUGCCAGAGGACCUCGAGGCGAAUAAUGAGGCUCUGGACAACUUUGACCUGGAGGAUAUUGACACCACAGAUGUCAACCUAGAUGAAGAGUUCCUGGGUGAAUAGAAACUAGCCUUUCACAAGCCAUUUUUUUCUGUUCAGUGAUGCGAGUUUCAUAAAUCAAAACAAUUAAGACUGAAGUGAAUAUUAUUAGGCAUUUGCAUUCUUAGUUCUGGCCUAAACCCUUAUCCAAACACGACAAAAAACAGCCUCCCAACUGCCCAGAUCCCAGACUAAUCGAACACAAUGGAAUAAGCCCAACCCACCUACCUUGCAGCCCACAAAUCCCAAAGUAUCUGCUCUCGAUGCACGAUGCCAGACACCGUGAAAACCCUUAGGAAGCCCGUCUAUGCUUCAGUGGGACAGAACUGUUUUGCUGGUUUCCAGCCACAACUCUGAUGAGACCAGGCUGUAUUUUAACACUAUCUGCAUAUGCAGAGUAUUAAAGCCAAAAAUGUACUGACAGACAAAUAGGCAUUUCUUCAUUGUUGCUAGUGUGCCUUUAUGAUUUUAUUUUAAAUGGUUCGUAUCUUUAAAUAAAUACUUUGGGGUUUGCUGUGUCUCAAAUCUAAGUGCUUCACGCUUUACUUGCUGACAGAAACAUAGCCUUCAUAGGAAAGAAUCGCAAUACCUCUCCCACAAGCAUCACAGCAUUUUAUCUAAGACUCCAAAUUACCAUUUCACCGGUUCAAUGCGAGUUAAAUGUUCCGCAUGCAAUUCCACUUUAUGUAUACACCACGUCAUGCAAACCCUCCAUUUGGUUCUUCUCAUUGUCUUAAAUGAUAAAGUCAUAAUUUUAUUUUUAAGCUUAUUAAAUGAUCAAAAACAUACAAAAUGUUGCUGUUGUUAGUGUGUUUAACAUGGUUUUCUGCUUCCUUUGAAAUAAAAACU